AUUCACGUUGUUCUCUUUCUGGCUGUUAACCUUAAUAUCAUAAUAUACUGUUACUACCUGACAUAGAUUGCUUUGCACCCUACAAAAUGAGCAGCCUGACAAGAAGUUUUCUGUAUAAAGUCUUCGGUGCUGUGAAGAAAUCAAGAAAGUGUGAAAUUCUUCACGAUGUACGCUUGCUCUCAAAUUUGGCGGGAAAACGUAGUAUAUCAACGUUAGAUAUAAGUGGAAUCUACCCGCCAAUUCCAACACCAUUUAAUACAGAUGAAUCAGUGGCAUUUGAUCAACUUGAAAAGAACAUUCAGAUUUGGAACAAAAUUCCACUGAAAGGAUAUGUAGUGGAAGGAUCUAAUGGUGAAUAUACCUUUCUUACACCUAAUGAAAGAGUGGAAGUUGUAAAGAAGGCAUCUGAAUGGGCAGCUAAAGAUAAACUUAUAAUAGCUGGAUCAGGAUGUGAAUCUACUAGAGAUACUAUAGAGAUGACUAAUAGAAUGGCUGAUGUUGGUGCUAGAGCUGUAUUAGUUGUAACACCAUGUUAUUAUAAAGGUAGAAUGACAAACCAGGCUUUAAUACAACAUUAUACAAAGGUAGCUGAUAAUAGUUCGGUGCCUGUGAUAUUAUAUAGUGUACCUGCCAAUACAGGUAUAGAUUUAUCACCUGAUGUUAUUAUACACCUGGCAUCACAUCCUAAUAUAAUAGGGAUAAAGGACAGUGGUGGAGAUAUUUCUAAACUUGCUAGCCUAGUUUACAAAACUCAGAGUGAAGAUUUCCAAGUAUUAGCUGGUUCUGCUAGUUUUAUAUUUCCAGCCUAUAGUGUUGGGUGUGUAGGCGGUGUUUGUGCUCUCGCUAACAUCUUGGGUGAUGAAUUAUGUCAGCUUGUUCAACUCUUCAAAGAUGGAAAAUUUCAAGAAGCGAAAGAAUUACAGUUUCGAAUGAUUGCUCCAAAUGUUUCAAUAACAAAGAUGUAUGGUGUUGCUGGGUUAAAGAGAGCUAUGGAAUGGUUUGGUUAUUAUGGUGGAAUUACUAGAUCUCCAUUACUACCAGUUACUGAUGCAGAAGAAAAGAUUAUUCGUGAUAUUUUUGUGCAAAACAAAUUUCUAUAAAUAGAUGUAAAUAAAUAAUCAGUAUUAAAAACCUA